AUGGUAAUCGAUAGCCGAUUACUUAGGGAGCCCUGGUUGAAAAUCGUGUAUUUAGUAGGCAUUGACCUUGAUUUCGCAUUACUUAUCAUGUGCUCUUUUAGAUAUUAUCCCAAGAAACCAGUGAAUGCCUUCUUAAUGUGGAUAAAUUCCGCCGGGCGCAAGUACAUAAGAGCGAUGCAUCCCGGGAUCAGUCCCCAGGAAGUGUUUGUGAAGGGCAGUGAGAUGUGGGGAGCCAUGGUCGAUGAGGAGAAGUUCGUGUGGCAGGAGGCGGCACGCACGGCAAUGGCCGAUUACAAGAAGAAAUUGGAGAAGUGGAAUACACACAAAGAGCAGUCGGAGAAAACUACCCAAACGGAUGAGACGGUGGAUCGAUCUGCAUGAAGUGCGUUUAAACGUAAACGUUUUGUUGGGUCAUGCAGCCAAAACUGUG